GUCCAAAAACCCUAAAUCGCUACGAAGAGCCUCAGCGGAGCAAGGAAGAGCCAGAAGCGGCAUUUUCUCAUCGCCGCUGUAGCGUAGCGAUCGCGUUCAUCGAAAAUGAAGUUCAACAUCGCAAACCCCACCACUGGGUGCCAGAAGAAGCUCGAAAUCGACGACGAUGCCAAACUCCGGGCAUUUUGGGACAAGAGGAUCUCACAAGAAGUCAAUGGAGAUGCACUGGGUGAGGAGUUCAGGGGUUACGUGUUUAAAAUCAUGGGAGGCUGUGACAAGCAGGGUUUUCCAAUGAAGCAGGGAGUGUUGACUCCUGGCCGUGUCCGUCUCUUGCUCCACAGAGGAACCCCUUGCUUCCGUGGUCAUGGCCGCAGGAAUGGAGAGAGGAGAAGGAAGUCUGUCCGUGGAUGCAUUGUUAGCCCAGACCUCUCAGUUUUGAACUUGGUUAUUGUGAAGAAAGGUGAUAAUGACCUUCCUGGACUCACUGAUGUUGAGAAGCCAAGAAUGAGAGGUCCAAAGAGGGCAUCAAAGAUCAGGAAGCUGUUCAACCUCUCCAAGGACGAUGAUGUUAGGAAGUACGUCAACACAUACCGAAGAAACUUCACAUCCAAGACUGGAAAGAAUUGCAGCAAAGCUCCCAAGAUUCAGAGGCUGGUGACUCCUCUGACUUUACAAAGGAAGCGAGCAAGGAUUGCAGACAAGAAGAAGAGAGUUGCAAAGUCCAAGUCGGCUGCAGCGGAGUACCAGAAGCUUCUUGCCACUAGGAUGAAGGAGCAGCGUGAACGCCGUAGUGAGAGCUUGGCAAAGAGGAGAUCCAAGCUCUCUGGAGCUUCUAAGCCAUCUGGGACUGCUUAGGUUCUCUAUGGUGUUUAUUUGAUAUUUUUUUCACUGAAUUAAACAUGUCUGGAUCAUAGAUAGGGAAAGGUAAUUUUGAUUUGUUCUCUAGAUUCUUGGCCUUCAUUUGGAUGCUCUGUUGCACCGGAUGUGUUAAGUUUGAGUUUUGUUUGCUUAUUUAAUGUUGCGGAUCUAGUUUUCAUUUAAUGUGAGAAUUCUGAACCUUGACUUUCAAACCAUUUUGCUCAUUGCAAUCGGUUAAAAAUGAAAUACUUUGUCAAAGUUAUUUGGUUA